AUGGGUUCAAUUCUUGUUGAAGAGGUGGAACGGAAAAGCGAUUUCAACCCUUUGAUAUCCAACGAUCCAAACCAUAUCUACGCCGAGUAUGACACUCUUCGAGCGACAUGUCCAGUAGCAUACACCAAUGAAUACAAUGGAUACUGGCUCCUGACGCGAUAUGAAGAUGUCAAGAAAUGUGCAUCUGAUAGCGCGACAUAUAUCUCAUCAGUCAAGGCCGUUGUUCCUAGCGACCCUAGAGGCAUUCGACGUCCACCAUUAAAUUUCGACGCUCCAAGGCAUACACCAUAUCGCACAGCGCUGGAUCGUACUCUGAAACCUGCAAGAUUAAAGCGAUUAAAAGGUAUCCUCGAGAAACGUGCAGACAUGGAGCUAGCGCCAAUGCUCGAUGCUGGAGGAGGAGACGUCUGUAUGAAAUUCGGAGCGAAGUUUCCAGCGUGGGUGGAAACAGAGUGGUUGAACCUCGAUGAAGGCUCUACUUCCACUUUGGCAGCUACUGCGGCAGGCUGGAUCAAAGCAUGGCGAGAGCAGGACGGGGAAAAGACAACGGCACACUCGAUGAAGAUGUAUGAUAUGGCCAAAGAACUUCUUGCGCAACGGCGGGAGAAUCCGAGGUGUCCUGAAGAUGACCCCGCAUCAUCGUUAUUGCUCGAGAGAGACCCCGACGGCAAUCCGUUGGACGAGGUGCAUUUGAUUGGAGCUCUUGGACAAUCUCUCGUCGUUGGAAUGGUUGCACCUCCUCUUCUGAUUGGGGCGAUCUGCAAUCACUUGUCCAAGGACCAAGAUUUACAGUCCCAGCUUCGGUCAGACCUAAGCCUGGUUCCAGCUGCCACAGAGGAGUUUAUCCGCCUUUACACGCCAUAUCGAGGUUUCUGCAGAACACCUUCCACUGGAGUGACAAUCCAUGGACGUGACAUACAUGCAGGCGAACCCAUCACCCUGUCUUACACCGCGGCUAAUCGAGAUCCAUCCAUAUUUCCGGAGCCCGAUAAGUUUAUCCUGAACCGAGAGAACUUGACGUCCCAUUUGGGGUUCGGAAGGGGCAGACACCGAUGCGCAGGAAUGCCAUUAGCACGAAUUAUGAUUCAGAUAGCAUUGAGAACGAUUCUGAGACGGACGAAGGGUUUUGCUGUAUGUGGACCAUUAGAAUAUGCUAGGAUGCCAGAGAUGGGAAUCAUCAGUUGUCCUCUAAAGAUGGACAUUUGAAGAUCUGCAUUGUAUUUCGACAUAUCUAGAACGUUGCACCGUAGAAACAGAGACCGAUGAGUAUCGGCGUCCAUAUGAAUUUGUGUCUGAGUAGUAUGCAUGUGGACUCAGAGUUGAAAGAAGCCGAUAGAAGACUCUAGCGUAUUGCAUGUGUUUCAUGGUGAUGAUCAGGUUGGCUAUUCCUCAUGCCAUGAUCUCGAAUCAUUGACCUGUCCACU